AUGUCAACUAUUCAACAUCUACCUGUGCCUGUACUUGAGCUUAUUUUCAAGGAAAUAAAGGUACCAGAAGACAUAAAGAACUGCAAGUCAGUCUGUAUCAGUUGGUACUUUUUUUUUACAAGGAUGCUGUUUGAAAAGAUUACCCUCCAUAGUCAUCAUGACCUUCAACAAUAUCUGCAACUGAUUACACAGCAUCAGCCUAAUAAUAAUAGAUUAGCACAAGUCGGUGAAUUUGCUACUCAACUGUCUCUUCAGUUUAUCUGUGGAAACUCAUGCAUAUCACGCAAAGACUUUGAGAAACUAGUCGUACACUGUCCAAACAUUGAGGCCAUUUACUUGGUUCCACACCUUUUCGAUGACUGUAUUUCAGCCUAUUUGCUUGAUAUUGACGACAGCGUAAAAUGGAGACUGCGGAUCAUUAGUAGUUGUGAUUUCGAUCAUGUCAACAUGACCGUCGAUCACUUUUACAAAUAUAAAGAUUCUAUCACUCAACUUUAUGCCCCUCCAGCGUUUAAAAACGUAUCCUUCUUGACAUCGUUUCCGUCGCUUCAAAGGUUGUGGAUGUCACAGCAUUUCUCUAUCAAUACAAUGCAGGAUUUUAUAUUUAUCUUUGACACCUGUCCUAAAUUGGUUGAAUUGGAGGUGAAUGUUGCCAUAGAAACAUGUUCAAAAGUAGCUCCGAUUGUUCAUACCACAUACCCUUAUUUGAAGACACUCAUCAUCAAAAAUUACACACAGCGUAUAUCAAAGGCAUUCAUUAACUAUAUUACCCAGCGAUUCGUCAAUCUCUCCAACUUGUACUUACAAAUCACGCAUUUACCUACACAGAUAGUUCAUGACAAAGCAUUUGACCAGCUAUUGGACUUUUUCCUUAGGCAAGCUAAACGAUCCUUCUUGAUUCGGUUAUUUAUAAGUAACCAUUCAGGAACAAAUGCAGAUACUGCAUUAGGUACUAUUGUCUGCAACUAUCUAAAUGCUGUUUUCAGAUCAACUCCCGAUGUAUAUAAUGACUUGUCAAUCUAUGGAGCACGUCCAGAGCACAAGCAGACAGAAAUAUCUUUUUAUCUUGAAGAAAAGGCAAAUGGACAACUAAACCAAAUGGCUACACUGUACGAUCCCCGUUUUGCUCAAGAGUUUGGAUUGAUCUCAUACUUGGAAAGUGUAGCAAGCUGUGUACAUAGACUAUUAGUGGCUGAUAGUUACCACCGACAAAAACUCAUUCCAUCCGAUAUUUGGUCUUUUAUUGAAAGAUGUUACCGACUUGAAAAGCUGCAAUUGGAAUUUUACAGCUUGACGAACACUCAGAACUGCAUCAACAGAUCUAUUCGAUAUGUAGUCAUAUCCAGAGCAGUGGCGUCUUCAACCUUUUUUAAAUCUUUGGCAGCUAGUUUCCCAAAUUUGAGAGAGCUUUAUAUAGAAUACACUCAAGCCAAGGUUGAAGUACCCUUUCCUACUUGUUUAGACAUCAAUCUGGCUGAUUUGAAUCUUGAUGUUCUGUACAUAAACAGACUGUGCUUGAUAGGUAUCAAUUUUGAUAAGACAGAUGAGAGCGUCUUGGUGGAAACCUUUGAGACAUCUGCAUGCUUGAAGAUAAGCUAUGAUUGUGAUGCAGAAGACUACAUAGUCACUAAAGUAGAAGAAAGGGAUGGCAGAGAUUAUGUAAUACGAAUAAGCUGUCAAAAGAUACACACACUCGAAAUGUUUAACGUGCGUUUUACUUUGGACACAUAA